CAGACCAGAGUUUUUCGCAUUUGCACGGACAGCGUUCGUUAAUGGGGCUGGCUGGCUGCUUUCUUUUUGUUUGAUGCGUCGGGAUGCAUGUCAUGUUGUUUGUUUCGUUAGACCUGGAAGGGUGGGCCAACACAGAACAAACACAGUCAUCAAGAGGGUGGGAGUACACUGACUGACAGCCCCUGGAGACAAAACCUGCCCACCCCACUCACAGAUAGAUAGCUCUCUCGGUCCAAAAUCGACACACAUGCACACCAAUGUAUCCAUCCAUCCAUCCGUGUGAGCGCUACACGGAAGCGAAAAGGGGGCGCAGCCCACUGACUGACUGGCACCAUGCCACCUCGUUGGCUUCACUCAUUUCGCGCCUCCCUCGUCAAGAAGCCAUCCCUCCCUCGACCAACCAACCAGCCCCAGUCAUGCCCUGCCCGGGUCACUUGUCACAUCUGAUACGCUGAUAGGCCUCCUCCACCUGCUGCUGCGCCACCUCAGUCGCGUGGUUGCGGCUCGCCUUCUCGGCUGCAUACAGACAGACAGAGAAAGAGAGAGACCAGGGAGAGGGCAACCUUGUCCCACUGUGGCCGUGUGAGUACUGUGUGUGUGUGUGUGUGUACCUGUUGGCGAUUCAAGCUCAGGUAGGACGGCCAUGCCGACGGGAGACCGCUGCACCGUCCGGACCUCACCCAACUCCUUCGACACCUGCACAGCACAGCACAGCACAGCACACGACAAGGCAGGCAGACGGACAGACUGAGCAAACGCAUCCUCGAGCGCAUCGCAUGUGUGUCUGUGCUGACCGUUGUGGGUGGGGGCAGGACGGGAUGGCACCACAGCGACACUGGGAAGAAGUGAGUGGGCGUCCGGGCCUGACAACGGUCACACGAGCCGUGCGUGAAUGAGGUUGCCCUUACAAAUCUUGUCUCAUCUCUCUGGUCAGUCACCUUUUUGGCAAGAACGUUGAACAUCUGCACAGCCUUUGGGUCGAACGGCGCCACAACAAACUCGCCAUUCUCAUCCGGCCGGUCACGACCACCGCUGGGCGCCACCCAUAGCAAGAAGCCGCCCUUGGCCAACAGCUCCUGCACACACGCAUACACGACGUGUAAUGGAAAGAACACGUGUUUGUUGAUCUGAUCGGCCGGCUGGCUGACCGAGAGCGCCUGCAUGGAAACGAUGUUUUGCCUCUGUUUCUCCUCUUUGAGCUCUGGCGGGUUGUCGAGAUGCCGCUUCGAGUUGAUGCACAGCAGGUUGCGGCCCAUCGAAAAGGGAAUCGUCAGGGGGUCUGACGUCACCCUGAGGCAAGCAAGGCAGUCAGUCGCCAUACACACACCACGCGCAGCGCGGCUCUAUGCUCGCUACCGUACCUGUGUCCCGCGACACACACGAUCUUCUCCCCCAGCUCAGGAAAACCCAAGUGCUCAAACAAAAGACUCAUCAGCUGACCGCCACACACAUCGACACGACAGACAGACAUCACCGCCUGUGUGUGAGGUGAGAUGUGCGUUGCUACCUGCGGGUCGGCCUCCGACUGGUGGUUCGACAGAAAUAUGACAUUCUCGCCCUUGUCGAGCAGCUCACGUACUCUCUGCAGCUGAUCAACUCCCUCGAGCUGACAGACACCGAUCAAGCCACGUAGACAGACAGACAAACCUAUGGACGACUCCUCUCACGCGUGUGGUGUGGUUUCUGUGGAUGUGUGGUCACCUUCGACUUUUCUAGAUCCACAAGCGGCCUGAACAGAUCGUUGCCUGACAAGUUUGACAAAUCGCCAGCACCAUCAACAAGCAGCAGCGGUGGCUUUGCGGCCAUGGCCGCGGCUGACCAAGCUUGUAAAGGUCCAGGGGCUGCCUGAUGGCGGUGUGGUAAGGCUCGAACUCAUAGCCGGCCAUAUCACGCGAAGCCUUCAACACAGACCUGACCAUGGAUGGAGCAGUCGACACGCAAAGCAUGCCGCCCACGUCGGUCGCUCGGCAAUCUGCUCGUGUGUGUGCAUGUGAGUACGUCAUGAUGUAGAGGUAUUCCUUGGGGUCCAGCGUGCCGCUCUUCUCCACCUCAGCAGUGUACUUGUCCACAAAACCCUGAAACACACACACACACACACACACACGCACACACACACAGAUGAAUCAAUGAAUGAGUGACAGGCCAUUGAAUGAGAGGCCUCUCACCAUGAAGUUCUCCAUCGCGGCGGCGUCGAUGGCCGACGUUGAGGGUCCCCCAUUCUCAGCCACAUACGCGUAGAUCUGAUCCAUUGACACACCAACCAGAGCCAGACAGACAGACAGACAGACGGGCAGACAGACAGUGAGAGAAACACCACAUCCAUCAGACAGGGAAAUUCCCGUGUGCUCACCAUUUUCUUGGCCUCCUGAAGCGAGCCAACAGGCGCUGCAGCCACGGAGGGACCAGCAUGCCUCACCACAGAAGAGGCAGGACCAGAAGAGGACGUUGACACAGAUCUGCCCGCCUCUCUGCCCCUGAGCAGCCGCCGCACAUCAUCGCGAGCAGCGCCACUGGCCGGCCGCGUCAGGAAGGCGCUGUGCGGCCGCCUCUGCGGCUGAAAGGCAUCUGCAUAUGAGAGGAGGCAGACGAGCAGCGAGAGACCAAGGAACUGGACGAGGCGGCACGGCAGCCUCAGAAUGCACAGAGAUAGCGCCAUCCGCUGACAAAGAUCGUUG